UCGUGUAGAAGUGUUUUGUGUCAGCAAGAAAGAUGCAGCCAGUUUCUCCUUGCUUUUCAGGCUGUAAAGCCAUAAUUAAAAAUUGCACGGAACUUACAAAUGAAAUUGUAAGCGUUGAUCAUUCCAUGUGUUAGACUUCAGUGGAAAAGUAGGGGUACGCUAGUAGAACAGACCGGUGUCACGGUAGUUGGCGAACAAAUGACUUGCGGCAAAUAUGGUGGAUUCUCCGCUGAUACGGACGGACGAAAUCAUCGGUAUUUGGACGUUUUUACAAAGUAUUGACUGGCAUGACCCAUGGCUUGUAGGAUUGAUUGUUUUCCAUGUUGUAAUAACACUGAUGACAUUGCUUACAAGAAACCACAGCAAUUUCCAAGUUCUACUGUUCUUUAUCUUGUUGUUACUUGUUUACUUUUCUGAGAGCAUUAAUGAAAUUGCAGCAAAUAAUUGGAGCUUAUUUUCACGGCAGCAGUACUUCGAUAAUCAAGGAAUGUUCGUUUCUCUUGUCUUCUCUGUGCCCAUACUGCUCAACUGCAUGAUUAUGGUGGCAAACUGGUUGUGGCAGUCAAGCCAACUGAUGACAAAACUGAACAGAGCUCAGCUUCGUCAGCAAGCACAGUCGUUACAUUUACGGCGUCAACAGCUGGAGCAGCAAAAUAGUGCUAUGAUAAAUCACCGCAAGACAGACUGAGAACUGAAAGAUUGAAUGAGUGACAAACACUGGAGGACAUGAGCAUGUGUAAUGAGUGAACUAGUCACAUUUUGUCUUGCACUUAACAGCGUAUGGCACAUCUGGGUAGAGGAAGUUGUAUAUUAUCUGCUGGAGCUAUUAAACAUUUUAACAAAUCACUAUACUUUUGUACUUAACAUAAAGUGUGAGGUGACAGUUGCACACCAUGGCAAACUGAAACAGAAUCAGCUAACCAACCAACAGUUUGGAAGUAGGUCAUUGCCUGUCAUAUGUGAAGAUAUACUUUUAAGAAAAUACUGACUGAAUUUGUAUUUUGGAUUGCAGAGAUUGAUGUCAGAGACGGCUAAAUGUCUGACCUGUUAGUAUAAACUAUCAAAUAAAUGGAGCAGGACUGGAAGUUCAGAGCUUUUUCUGGAUAAUAUUUAACAUCAAACUUAAUCAUUUCAUUCAUUGGUUACUAAGAAUUUGACCUGGUGCCUGAAUUUCACUAACCAUUACUUCGUCCUGUAGUUGCUGAACAAAGACAGGUCAACAUUAUAGGACAGGAGCUGAACAGUGUUUGAAAAGGAGGAAAACCUUAUGCCAAAUGCUACAAGUACAUCAUAUGAGAGAAGUAGACUUACGAAUUAAGUUCAGUUUAUUAUAAAAUGUGAUAUUCAUAUAAGAGAAAAUCUGAAGUAAGGUGGAUGUUUAGUCAUGAAUGAUAUAGUUCAUUCCUAAAAUUUUGUUUAUCACUAGUGUAGUUCUCUUGAUUGGUGGCUAUUUUUCGUUUCAUGUUCAUAGUAUUACUGACACUUGUCUCAACUACACGAUCACUGUCUAUUCCAAGUUCAUAGGGACCGAUGAAAUUGUGUUAUGUAGAAAUUGAGCUUGCAUUUUAGUGGUACUAAAGAUUUAAUGACAUUCAUGUACAAAAAACAGACCAAUCAGAAUUAUAUUUAUCUGAGAAAUGAUGCCAUAUAAUUUUGUAGAUUGGUACCAGUGUUGUGGAGGAACAUGCUGCCUCACGGGGAGAAGAUUGUGGCAAUGAUAUGGGAACAUUGGUACCUAUCUACCAAACUAUGUGGCAUCAUUUCCCAGAAGACGGUAAUCUUACUGCUCACUGCUGUGAGGACCUCCAUACUCAAAAGAGACCAAUGUUAAAUAUAUCUAGUAAGUUACAAAUCACAUCACACUAAGGUUCUUAAAUUCAGUAAUUUGGAUAUUGAUUUUAAGAGCAGCUAAGAUUUUUUCUGUUGUAAACAAAAGUAAAUGUAAUCUCCUUUUCCAACAGCUUCCGUCCAAAGGUUAUGCAGCUGUUGCAUAAAUGUUUUGAAGCAGGGGGAUAGGUGCUAUGCAUGUGGUAUGUUACUAAAUUCUCUACAAGAAUUAACAUUCCAUAUCAGUACUUUCAUACUUUCCAUUCAUUGCCUAUUGUUGCUUGAAUCCUACAUAGUUUCUUUUUUAUGUUCUUUGGUAAUCAAAUUAUAAAUCCUUUUCAUAUCAAUAGAUGGUGAAUCAGAAGUGUGAAUUUGUGGAUUUAAUGUCUAUAAUAGGUUACAGUUUAGUUUCCUCUCUAUUUAUAUUCAGCUGGCAGAGUUUUUCAGUGAAUUACUCUGUGUAUAUGUGCCAAUAUACUGUCUUAUUAAAACAGAACAGACCCCUGAUUUACCUUCUUACAGUGUUUUGUUUGUUUGUUGUUUUGUAAAAUAGUGUUACCUUUCCUACAUGUAUUCUGUAGAUACCUAGAGAGGAAUACCAACAAUAUGGAGCAGAAAAAUCAAACAUUUUUGCAUGAAGGUUAGUCUGACACAUUCACUGCUGUUUCAUCAGACUACAUUUUGACUCAUUUUUAGAUAAGCUCACAGGACUAUCACCAGCCAGAAUUCUUGUAGCAUUCUGUAGCAAUUUCUUUCAGGUUAGUAGAAUUUUGUUAAAUGACUUAUAUUGCUCUAAAGCUUCAUUUUAUACAGGAAAUUCUGAAUGAUUAAUAGGAAAUGAUUUAUUUAAGCCUUUUUAAAUGUGUGUCUGAAGAGGAGGUUUCAUUUUCUAAUUUUCUGAUGCAAGCCGUUUAUUCGUGUUUGUGUGGUACAUAAUAUUAAUCUGAGCAGGUUCUGGAGAGUGUUUAAACUAGAUAAUUUUUGAGAGGGACUGGGCUCAAUGGGCAUAUUUUUAUGUAAUCAUACUACUUAAGGAUAAACAGUUUUAAAUGUGGUAUUGACUUUAGGUCAUGCAUCUUGCAGACAUCUUGUGAUCUGGCCAUAUAUUUUUGAAUAGUUGAAAUGCUGACCCAGGAAAGAGUGAUAGUUUGAUGUUUAGCUGAGUUUGGGUUGAAAUAACAUCGCCUUUCUUAAUUGAAUCAGGUAAUUAUAAAAUGGAAUAUGUCUGUGUUUCAUCAGUUUUACAUGUUCCCUUUUCCAGCUGUAUUUUCUGUAAUAGCAAUAGUAAAAUCUUGUUCCUCCUAGCGUCAGUCAAUCUGAAGUACUGUCAGUUCAUUGCCUUUGAUCUUCUGAAGGCAUGGACUUUCAUGUCCUGUUUGGUCUGAAGUAAAGUUAGAGUAUCAGUUGCAUAAUUUUACUCUUAGGUGUACACAGCUGGAGAAUAUUAUGUUUGCAUGUAUCACAGCAGUUGUAGGCAAGUUAUCACCCUAUUGCUGAAUCUGUCAUACCCCAGACUUGAAAGUUUUUACCUCUUACCUUCUUAGGCAGAGAGGAAUAUAUAACAUGUAUGUAUUUGAGUUUAAUCUCAUUUGAUCAUAAUUUUUGCUGUGUCAAAGAAGUCAGCCAUUUUCUUUUCUCUUUAUAAUGAAAUACAUCUGAAAAUAUGUCAGCUUUCUUGAAAGUUCUUGGGAAAGCUUCCGACUUAGAUUUAUGUCUGACUAGAAAGAAACCUGCUUGCUUCAUGAAAUUUUGUGCCUCUGAUCAUUUGGUCUAUUUCCAUCGUGAGGACACCAGCUGUGCAAGCCAGCAUGUGAGAUUUUUCCAGGAUGAUAUCAGAUGUUAAUCUUUUGACAUGUUAAUUUUUUCUUUCUACAGUCAUCACUCUUUUCAGACUUCUGAUAAUUUUCCGUAUUGAAUGACCCAAAAUUUUACCAUUGUCUUGUUGUACUAACUAAAUUAUUAUUUGAGAUGUGAUGUUGCCAAGAUGAUGAAUAUUGAGACUGCAGUCUUCUGAGAUGUACUGCCAUGUGGUCUGG